UUCAAAAACAUAAUUAAAAUACUAGUACAAUAUUAUUAAUCAUAUUUUAUUUUUUUGGUAACUUAAUAAAUACUUACUUAAAUCCAUAACCUAAUAAAUAUGGAAAUGAUUGUUUUAUAUUAAUUUUAUAUAUUAAGAGACAUAAUUAUUAAAAUUAAUAACAUAAAAUAUUAUACACAUUCUAGUUAAAUAAUAUAUUAGAAUUAGGCAUUAACAAAAUAUUUAAUAACAAUUCUUUUAGGGUGCAUCUGUAUUUGACUGUGUACUUGAAUUAUAUACAACUACCGAGGUAAGCUAUUUAUAUUAUAUACAUUUCAGAAUACAAAGUCAUUGUUGAUUAUUAAUUUACAACGUUAAUAAAACCUUUCAUCUCCCGGUCAUUACCAUCUUUGCUUUAUAACUUCUCCUCUGUACAUUCAGUGCACAAGAAGUGCUUUCAGAGUUUUUUAAGUUUGGUGGAAAAAUUGCUUGAGCCUGAUUAUUAUUGCUUUGCUCGAUCGGAUUAUAAGAGUUUUACAACUAGCUACUGCCAUCAUCUGUAUUCUGUCAGGUUCUAACUUUAGUUAUAAAUUUUUUUAUUUUCUUGUCAAUUCCUUAUUCCAGCAUAUUCUUAUUUUUGUUCUUGUGUUGCAUUAUUGGAUUUGCCAUGUCAACUAGAAAAUAUGAAUCAGGUUAUAAAAAAUUGCAAAAGAAGAGAAGAGUUGAAGCAAUGAUAGAAAAACAAAAAGGAUCUCUAGAUAAGUUUGUAAAACCUACAAAAAGAUAUACAGAAACUACUUCAGAACCUCAUGUAGAUGAAUCAAAUGAUAAUACUAUCCUUGAUAGUGGUAAAAUUAUGGAGGAAGAAAAUAUUUUAGAUGAUCACAAAAAUCUUUCCGACUCUGAGGCUAAUGUGGAAGAACAAAAUUUUGAUACAGAUCAUACUGUACUCCCUAGAAAUUUGGAUGACCCUAGUAACUGGAAAAAUAUUAGUUCUAAUUUAAGAGAUUUGUUAGUGGAGAGAGGUCCUGUACAACUCUGUGAUUUAGAUUUUCCCAAGGAUAAAUCUUCCCGACAUUUUUCCUCUAUACAUUAUACUCAAAAAAUGGCAAAUGGUGAGAAGUUUGAAAGAAAAUGGUUUACUGCUUGGAUUGAAUCAGAAACGAGACUUUCAAGAAAUAAAACAAUUGACAAGCAUAUUCAAGAUCGAAUAAACAAAGAUAGAGAACAUUGGAGAAAUGUGUUAAAAAGAAUUAUUGCUGUAGUGAAAACUCUUGGUAUGAAAAAUUUAGCUUUUCGUGGGACAAAUGAAAAAAUUUAUCAAGAGAAUAAUGGGAAUUUUUUAGCUUUGAUUGAGAUGAUUGCAGAAUUUGAUCCUAUUAUGCAAGAACAUGUUAGACGUAUUAAGGAUGAUAGCCUUCACACUCACUAUCUUGGUCAUGCAAUGCAAAAUGAACUGAUUAAUUUACUGGCAUGUGAAAUCAAAACAAAAAUUAUUAAAAAGGUCCAGGAUGCUAAAUAUUUUUCUGUUAUAUUAGAUUGUACUCCUGAUGUAAGUCACAAAGAACAAAUGUCUAUUGUAAUUAGAUGUUUAGAUAUUUCAUCAAGUCCUAUAAAAAUUGUUGAAUAUUUUAUAGAAUUUUUAGUGGUAGAUGAUACAACUGGUAAGGGACUUUUUGAUGCUAUAGUGGAUGAGAUUAAAAAUAUCGGACUUGACAUAGAUGAUCUUAGAGGACAAGGAUAUGAUAAUGGUUCUAAUAUGAAAGGAAAACAUCAGGGGGUACAAAAAAGGCUUUUAGAUAUUAAUCCUAGAUCAUUUUAUACUCCUUGUGGUUGUCAUAGUCUAAAUUUGGUGAUUUGUGAUAUGGCUAAUUCUUGUACUAGAGCUACUGAUUUUUUUGGAGUCGUGCAGCGUAUAUAUACAAUAUUUUCUUCAUCCACUAAAAGAUGGAAAGUUUUACAAGAUCAUAUUCCCAGUUUUACUCUCAAGUUUUUGUCACAAACACGUUGGGAAAGUCGUAUUGAAAGUAUCAAAGCUAUAAGAUUUCAAGCACCACAGAUUUAAUAUGAUGGAACAAGUAAAGGUGGACAAAACUGCUCAACUUCUGGUGUUUGCUGCUGCUGUUGCUGCUUGAAGACUAGUGAACAUGUAAAAAUAUUAUUUUGUAACAAGUAAAUUUUUUAGUAGUGUGUUUAGG